AUGAGCUCCUCUUCUGCAGAAAGCGAUAGCGGCGUGGAGGAAGAUACCGUCGAUGGAGAUGUGGCAGGCAGGGGCCAAGAUCGCGUAACUCAGGGAGAGAGUGAGAAUGAAGGAGAGGAGAGUCAGGGGCGCAUUGUGGAGUUAUUACAGGAGGAGCGAGAAGGUGCUUCAACACCACAGCCGGUGGGCAAUGGCACCAAUCGCUAUAGAGCUACCCGGGAUAUAGAGAGUGAUUCCCAAGAUGGGUCUGAGGAUACUCUUCCUCGGCGGCCUGAGAGCCCUAUAGAAUCUGUCAUGUCCAUACCAGACGACUCCCCUUCAGUUCAGGGAUCCAUCCUAUCUUCUCCUGGCGGAAGUAGUAUAUUGCCUUCAGUGGCAUCAAGACAGGGUUUGGGAAGCCCAACUCCAUCGUUCCGGCCAUUCGACCGCCGAUUCCAGUCCCGACUGUCAAGCUCCACGUUUUCCAUACCACGCCCCGCGUCUCCGACCCCCGCAUAUCUGAAAGGCUUUGGACGCCAGAGUUCCCUCAGUAGCCAGCUACCCUCCGAAUCCGGGGAUAUCGAGACGCCUUCGCCGCCGUGGGAGGUGGUCCGAUGGACGAAGCUCAAGAAGCUGAACGGACAGGCGUUUUCAGAAGUUGGGAAGCGCAGCUUUGGCGUCCCGACGUGUAUACAAGUCUCUGCGUCGAUAGUUUUGGGCACUUCGAAGGGAAUAAUUUUAAUCUUUGACUAUCAUCAGAAUCUCAAGUCCAUUAUAGGACCGGGCACCAAGGCUGUGGAAUCUGGUGCUAUUACGUCGAUUGCGAUAUCGGCGGAUCAUUUAAUUGUUGCUGGAGGCCAUGCAAAUGGCAGCAUUUUCACCUGGGAAACAGCAAAGGCAGCACGCCCCUUUCUGCAUAUCCCAAGUCUCCAGCCUUCGCAAAUGGUUAAUCGGACUCUUGAUGGCCAUGUUCCAGGUGUUGCUCUUAGGCACCUGGGGUUCCUGGGAACUCGACAUACAGCGCUUGUUUCUGCCGAUGACCGUGGAAUGGCAUUUUCCCAUCUUGCUACUCGAGGAAUGGGUGCUGUUGGGCGUUCUGUCAAGACAACAAGGAUAUUAGGACGGUAUCCUAAUGAUGUCUCGACGUCUGGAAAGCCGAGGAAACCAAGCACCGUUCUUGCUUUUGCGCCCCUUCCGUUGGGAAAUGUCGAGCGUGGAACGGAUACUUUGGGGCUUACAGCUAUGCUUACCCCGUAUCUGUUAGUGAUUGUAUCCACGACCCCAAUAGCGCAGACACAGCACAAAGCUGCGAGACCGAAGGAGGUUGUUGCUCAUAGCGCUAUGAGCGGAUGUCUUGCAUGGUUCCCCGCGGUUAAGCUAAAAGUUAAGGAUCCGAAGACGGGCAGUGAAAUAUCCAAAGUCAAGCUGGUAUAUUGCUGGUCAAAUGUGUUGACUGUCUUGGAUGUUGAUGAGAUGGAAUCUCCCGACAAGGAUAAGCCUUCAAAUCUGUCUUUCAGGCCCCGCAGUCGAUGGAAAGCCGAGGAGGCGAUUGUUGCUGUCCAAUGGCUCAGUCGAUCCGUGUUGGCUGUUUUGACCAUCACCCAGCGGUUGAUAAUCCUUGAAGAUGGUAGUAUGCGGAUGACGGAGGCUUUUGAUUUGGUGCACAAACAUAUUUAUCACGAAGAUAUAUUCUCUAAACAGCUCCAUAAUCUCGUGGAACAGCUUGAUGAAGAGGAUCCGUCAAUGCAUGGCGUUGUUGCGGAUGCUUUUUACAUGAGCUUCAAGGCAUACAAGGGCCGAAUGUUCCUGCUUGGCUUUAACGAUGUUUCAAUUGGGUCAUUAUCAAACUGGGCGGAUCGGUUGAUAUCGUUGAUGGAGGAUGGCGAUUAUAUCGGCGCUAUUCAACUUGCAACUUCUUACUAUACCGGAGACGCUGAUAAGCUUACUAUUGGCCUCCCGGAAGACACUGGCCUCCGCCAUUCGAUGGUGCAGGACAAACUGGUCGAAAUCAUGACAGCAUCUUUGAAGUUUGCGUUCAGCCAACGUCUAAAGCAGACAGAAGAAGCGCAAGUGAAUAACCUCAGAGACUUGGCUGAAGCUUGCUUCGAAGCGUGCCUUGGAAUUGGAGAUAUUGACUUCCUGUUUGAUGAGGCAUAUGAGUGGUAUGAAGAUGCAGAUAUGGAAGGAAUAUUCCUUGAGACGCUGGAGCCUCAUAUUUUGGAGAGACAAAUUACUACGAUUCCACCGACGGUAGUCAAAACUAUGGUCACUCAUUUCGUGACCAAGGGCUUGGAAGGUCGUUUGGAAGAAAUGAUAUGUCAUAUGGACACUGCAACCCUUGACAUCGACCAGGUAACCACGCUUUGCAAGCAGCACAACUUAUAUGAUGCCCUCAUUUAUGUCUGGAGCCAAGCGCUCAACGACUACAUAACCCCUAUGAUAGACUUGUUGAAGCUGCUGAUACCCCUCGUUCAAAAUGGAGAUCAUGCCGCAAAUGGAAAUGUUAUGGAGGAUCCGAUUUUUGGGGUCAAUGCUUUGAAGAUGUUCCCAUGCCUGUCUUAUACCUGGACUGGUCGAGUGUAUCCGACUGGUGAUGCCCUUGGGGAUCACGAAGCUAUGACGGCCAAAGCCGAACUUUAUUGGUUUAUCUUCUCGGGACGGACAAUUACCUGGCCGAAGAACGGAGGGAAGCCGUUCUUGACGCAACCAUCACAGGAGCAUGAGCCAUCGUUCCCGUAUCUGAGAAUGAUUCUUAAGUUCGACGCACCGAGUUUUUUGAGUGCGUUGAAUGAGGCAUUCGAGGACCCUUUUCUCAAUGAUACCCCUGAUCACGCGAUCAAUGGUGGCUCUAGCCGUAACAUGUCGGAGGAACACGUCUUUGGCCUCUCGGUCAAUAGGCAGUAUAUUGUCACCAUUCUAUUGGAAGUUAUGAACCCGAACGAAUUCGCUCCUGAGGAUACUAUCUACCUUGACAUGUUCAUCGCCCGCAAUCUCCCCAAAUUCCCUCAAUAUCUAUUGCUCUCCGGAACCGCGUUGCACAAGGUUUUAACGGGUCUCUGCAACUAUCCUGGCGAGGACUUGGCCGACGAUGCCCAGUUGAGCGCUGAAUAUCUAUUAUCGGUAUAUCACCCCCCAGACAUAGGCAGUCUACUUCCUCUGUUCGAAAAAGCCGAAUUCUAUCGAGUUCUCAAGAGUAUCUACAAAGCGGACCGGCAGUACAACAAGCUGAUCCAGACUUACUUUGAUGACCCGGAAGAUCAGCUGGCAGUGUUUGACUGCAUAUCUGACUGCUUACGACCACGCUCGGGGCUGACAAAACGACAAACUCGAGAUGUCCAUGAAGUGAUCGAAUCCCAUGCAAGCGAUCUUGUCCAUCUCGAUGCCGUCAAAACGGCCCAAAUUAUCGAUGACUAUGCGCCUGAACUUCAUCGAAAGUUCCUUGACUCGUUGCCGGAUGACUCCGAGUUGGAGUAUACCUACCUACAUACCAUCAUCGAGCCCCCAGUCAAGGAUGCUGAAGAGCCUCAGCCUCUAGGGCAUGCGGCAUUCACAGAGCGCUACGUUCAAUUAAUGUGCAAAUUUGCAUCUGGUCAUGUUGCUGAGUACAUAGGUUUAGUCCAGGCAAGCGAUUUACGGCUCGAGAAAGUCUUGCCUUAUAUGGAGGAAAGCGGCGUCGUUGAUGCUGCAGUGGUUUUGAUGGCUCGAGAUGGCCAAUUACGAGCUGCGAUGGACCGUCUAAUCAAACAUUUGGAGAAACUCGAAGGUACCCUCCUCGGUCUCUUGAGCGGCUCGGAUGAAGAUAUGCAGUCGAUCCCAGUUUCAGAAGCGGCGCAGGAUCUACUAGAUGCUUUGAAAAAGUAUACGAAUGUUGGCAUUUGGCUUUGUCGAAGCCAAGAAACCCCUCAACCCUUGCAAUCUCUCACAUCGCCUAUUCGAAAGAGACCUCCCCCGAAGAAUGAGCUCCUCCCUGAUGAAAUCCUCUGGCUGGAUCUCAUUGAUGUCACCGUGCAGAUCACUCGCAAACUCUCCGCAAGCCUUUCAGAUCUUGAGCACUCUCAGUCACCAGACUUUGAUCAAGAAAAAUUAAUCUUCCAGUUACGGACACUCGUCCAGCGCUGUUUCACCGCUCUGCUAACUUCAACCUCAUCACCCUCACCAUCAGGAGCCAACCUCUCAUUUCUACGCAUUCUCCGCGCAUUUCUAACCCGCGCCUCCGUCUCAUCCCCCAGCCUUAGCGAUCUCCGCGCAGUUCUAUCUUCAAUAUUUUCUGCAUACGCCUACGAGGAAAGUAUCCUGAGUCUUGCAAACCGCCUGCUCGAGAAGAACCUCUUCGUUAACGUGAAAUCCGCAACUGUGCUCCGGCAGCGGGGGUGGAGACCUCGAGGCUCGACAUGCGAGGGCUGUACCCGGCGGGUAUGGGGUCCCGGUGUCUCGGGCGAUGUGUUUGCGAAAUGGGAAGAGCGGCAAACAAGAGAGGCGAAGAUGAGGAAGGAAAGGAGGGUUGAACUUGCGGGUGGCCAAGCUGAGCGCGGGAAGGGCAGGGCGCAUAUCAGGAAUACUAGCAAGGCUAGCACAGUUGACAUGUCACUAUCGGCAUCGAAGGGGAAGGGAAAAGCUACUGAUGUGGCGGGUGAUGGCACGGAUGACUAUGGCCAGAUGCUACAGCAGAGCAAAGAGAGAGAGCAGCGAGACCUAGGCCCGCUGGUGGUGUUGGCUUGUAGACAUAUUUACCACCAGGUCUGUUUGGAGGAAUUGCAGGUUGAGGAUCAUAGGACUGCUGCCGCGCUUGACGGCAGGGAGUUCAGAUGUCCGAUAGAUGGGUAG